GUGAACCUUUUCCACUCCUCUUUUUGUAACUUGCUUGGAAUACUCCCCGACGUUGAUUGGGUCUCCUUCCUAAAACCCCACUCUCUGGAGCGGACAGGAGUGCACAGGAGCAUUGUUGACGCAACUGGACCAAUCGUUCAGAUUGCACUGUAACUGCGGUCUCUAGAUUCAUCGUCAUGUUUGGGACAACCUCCCCAACCAAGGGCUCGAGAACGCCUACCCAUGGCCCCUUUACGGAGCAGAUUGUCAUUUCUGGAAACCUGGAACAAAUUCACUACACCAUCACGUAUCGACAUUACUAUCAUGACUUAAACUCCAAGGUCGUCCGAUCUCGCACACUUCCAUUUGUUUUGGCCACCCGCAUCGACAAUCAACCCAUCUAUCAACGCGUCUUUGGUGCAAGGCAUACAUUUAUUGGGAAAAGCAUGGGCCCUUUGGACAGAGCCUACAAAUUUUACCGACACCUUGUAGGACGCAACAAGUGGUGUGUUUCGGAAGAAGAAUUUAAAGGCAUGGUUAGGGGUGCGCUUGGAUACGAAACAAUCUCCGAUGAACAUGCUUUGUAUCUCAACACUGCACAAGUGAGUCUCAUCGACUGGAAGGUGUGGGCUGAUAUCAUUGGACCGGACGGUAUGGCCACCAUCAAAGUGCUUGAACGUCAAAAAUUCUUACAACAGCAAACACCAGCGCGGUCUGCCCGAAAACUUUUGGACGAGUUGGUGGCAUCUAUCGAGAGCGAUGAAGAGGGAUAUGAAUUGCCGACGCCCCGCACUGGCAAGAAGGGCGACAGUGCUCAGCAGCAAAAAUUCAAUGCCCUCAAGUAUCGUGACAACGGGGAUGAUGAUGCACACAUCGAAGGAUGUAGUGAUGAAAGCGAUUUUGAUGACUUACAUGGCGCGUGCCAAGAAGAAGAGGGAUAUGGGCAAGAGGAGCAACAGGAGGAGAACAUACCGCCCGCUACACACGGUUCGGCGAAACGCAGAAGAUCACGCGCCUCAGACCCUGGUAGUACACGAGUUACUCGUUCAGCAAAUAGCAGCGCAAAAUCGUCGGUCAAAGUAACGUCUGCAAAGAGCUCCAGCUCAAAAAGACAAGUCAGCAAUGUUGACAAGACUCAAGCCAGUGGAGAUUCAUCAGGCCGCAAACGGCGCAGAUCGACCAAUGUGCCAGUUUCACCCUUGACUAGCGACAUGGGUGAGAGAGAGACGGCGCCGAUCGUCGAUGUGCAAGACGGGAACCCAUUUGUUUCUUAACGGUUUCCAACACGCCAAUUAGUACCGACUUGUCGCACAGAAUUAGUCAUGAACUGUAGUUAAUGUAUCAUAGAUAGUUUUCUGACCUGUGGUCAGCGUGAAGCCAGUAACAGUUAGUAGACAGAUCUAGCAAUAUGUUCCCAGCUGUAAUUCAUAGCUUUGUUCGAAAAAAAAGGGGUACAUCUGAAAUGUGCA